AUGUCGGUCCAAGUUUCAGGCUUGGGCGGAGAGGUCCCUCGUCUCGUCAUCCCAGACGCAGUGGACAGUUCGGACGCGGUCUCGGAUACCAGCGACACGGUCACCCCCGUCUCACAGCACUCGUUGUCCUCGCUCCAGGACUCCAAUGAAGCAGUUUCCUUACCAAAGUCCGAGGAGACAAAGGCACUGCGCCCCGACGACUCUGGCUUGGUGUUCAACAAGUUUAUCCUGUACGAGAACAGACUGCGCUUCUACAUCGUCGCUUCAAAUACGUCCGACUCGCGCCACCGCAUUAUCAAAAUUGACCGCACCUCGCAUGAUGAGCUCGAGGUCGUCGAGGAUGAGGCCGUGUACAGUGGGAAGCAAAUGAGUUCCAUGCUCAAGAUGCUCGAGGACGGAAACAGAGGCUGCGGGGGCCUUGGGAAGGCUAGAGUACUCUUCGGCAUCGCUGGAUUUGUCAAGUUCUCUGCAGGGUGGUACAUGGUCGUCAUCUCCAAGCGGUCCGUGGUCGCACUCCUCGGGGGACACUACAUUUAUCACUGUGAGGGCACUGACAUCGUGCCUGUGUGCUUCAACCACAAGAUCGACAAGCCCGCAGAGGAGCAGCGUCUCAUGAGCAUCUUCAAGCAGGUCGACAUGUCCAAGAACUUCUAUUUCAGCUAUACGUAUGACUUGACAUCCACGCUGCAACACAACUUGACGCGGACAGGUCUCCCUCCGGAGCGUCGCUGGAUGUUCAACGAUAGGUUCGCGUGGAACCACCAUAUGCUGACCGCGCCAUUCAGAGAUGGCCGCCCGCCCUCAGUCAAGGCCUACUGGCUGCUGCCACUGAUUCAUGGGCACGUCGAUCAGGCGAAGCUGACCGUUCUCGGACGAGUUGUUUUUAUCACACUCAUUGCCCGACGGUCAAGGCAUCAUGCUGGUGCUCGGUAUCUCAAGCGUGGUGUAAACGAUGAGGGCAACGUCGCGAAUGAGGUCGAGACAGAGCAGAUCGUCUCAGAGACGUUGACGACUCCGUUCUACUAUCCCGCUCCUCGCACCUCAGAGCAUGAUCCACAGGGCCGACGCCCUAGCCCGAAUUUCACCAGCUACGUCCAGUACCGCGGCAGCAUACCUGUUUACUGGGCCCAGGAAACAAACAGCAUGAGCCCGAAGCCGCCUAUCGAAAUCAGCGUCAUGGACCCAUUCUACACCGCCGCGUCACGGCACUUCGACGACCUCCUCGCGCGGUACGGCGCGCCAAUCAUGAUUCUGAACCUGAUCAAGAAGCGCGAGCCCGUCGCCCGCGAGUCCAAGCUCGGUGUGGAGUACACCCAGUGUGUCGAGUAUCUCAACCAGUUCCUGCCGCUAGACAAGCGGAUGAUUUACCGUGCAUGGGACAUGUCUCGCGCAUACAAGGAGAAGACGCAGGAUGUUAUUGGGUACCUGGAAGAUAUUGCGGAGGAAUCCAUUCAGAUGACAGGGUUCUUCCACUCUGGGCCAGAGCCAUACUCACAUGUGCUGCAGAAUGUGGACGAGAUGCGCCUAGACAUGUCGUGGCGCGGCACAAUGUCCUUGCAGAACGGCAUUUGUCGUACGAACUGUGUCGAUUGCCUCGACCGAACCAACGCCGCGCAGUUCGUUUUUGGGAAGCGUGCGCUCGGACACCAGCUGUACGCCCUUGGAGUGGUGGACUCGCCGAAUCUUGCCUUCGACUCUGACGCGGUGAACAUGCUCACCGAAAUGUACCAUGACCAUGGCGACAGCCUGGCGCUGCAGUACACGGGUAGUGCUCUCGUAAACCGCGUGGAGACGUACAGACGAAUGCCCCACUGGAAUAGCCACUCGCGGGAUAUUAUCGAGAACCUGCGGCGUUUUUACGCCAACUCACUCCUAGAUGCAGACAAGCAGACUGCGAUCAACCUAUUUCUUGGUAUCAAUCCCGAACGAACAGCCCGGCCUCCGCAACGCGGCAACUACCAGCGAUGGUUCAAAGUGGAGCAUCUACAGCCGGCCUACGCUCUCGAUGACUGCGACAAGGGUAUCAACCAAUUCGUCAACACGAGGGGCGAUUUCUGGAUUGAGUAUUAUCGACCGCUACUAUUCACAUCGCUCGGGAAGCACUUCGCAUUCUCCAUGAACAGUACUCUUAAGCUCCCGGGAAAAACUGCCCGGGACAUUAACCACAGCCCCUUCCUGCCUCAUCAUAACUCAGCGACGCACCAUCAUCCCAGGCUCAUGGAUGGUGUGCGGAGAUGGAUGAGGUCGAGCCCCGUGCCCGGUUCCCGAAUCUCUCAGAUUGAUCGUUCGACCAGACCCAAGUCUCGACACCAAGGCACCGUCGUCGAGCUCGACCCCACCUCAACGGAGAUGAUCGCACAACAAUUGAUGAAUCCUUCGUUGUCUCCGGAAGAGGAGAGCGAAUAUCAAGACUAUGUUGACCAAUACGAAGAAUUGCUAGUCACCACGGAUGAUGGUGUCGCCAGGGAUGACUGGGAAAAAUACCAGAACGGUGUCUGGCUUGCACAGGGCGAGCUGUCUUGUCUUCAGGAACCGCGUGAAGACACAUUUGCAGCGUAUGUCUACAACGUCAGCCCGCAGCGACUGGACGGUCAUCGCGAUCCGCUACCAGUCAAAUUUGAUUAUGAGAAAUGGAUCAGAGGAGUAGUUUCAUCAUGA